AUGAAGCAGGUGAUUCCGGUGGUUCGUCCGUAUGAUGGAGACGAGACGAUGGAAGAUGUCGAAGAAAGCGCUCCUGAUGUCGAGAUGUUCGAGAUAGAAUCGGCUUCAUUCGAAACAGGUAUCAUUAUACCUCAAGUACUCGAUCCAGAAACUCAAGAACCAAGAGGCGAUGAGAUAACGGGAUAUCAAGCUCCGAGACAAGCUUUUCAGGAAGACAGGUUGGUAUUUCAGCCGGAGAUAAAUCGGACAAGACGCUCACGAGACAGAAUGCUGCUGCUUGAGAAUGGGAAUAGCAGUGAAGACACGUCAGAAGAUAGCGAUGGACCACCUUCUCCAUAG